AUGGACAUACGCGUGCUCCAUCCGUCAGACAUACCUCAUGUCCAGCAAACGAACAUUACGAACUUACCGGAGAACUACUUCUGCAAAUACUACCUCUAUCACGCAUUAAGCUGGCCUCAGCUUAGCUAUGUCGCCGUUGACGUAUCAAGACCGAAGAAGACUCCGUAUGAUGCGCCGAAGAUUGUAGGGUAUGUACUGGCGAAGAUGGAGGAGGAUCCGGCCGAUGGGAUACAGCACGGCCACAUCACUUCGCUCAGUGUUAUGAGGACGCACAGGCGACUUGGUUUGGCGGAGAAGCUCAUGCGGCAGAGUCAACGAGCAAUGUUUGAGACUUACAACGCUGUAUACGUCUCACUUCAUGUCCGUGUAUCGAAUGUGGCAGCGUUGGCAUUAUACCGAGACACCCUGGGCUUUGAAGUAAAGGGCAUUGAGGCAAAGUACUACGCGGACGGCGAAGAUGCGUAUAGCAUGCACAGAGACCUCGGCUAUCUGCGAGAGGAAGCGCUCGAUGACUCCGAUGACGAAGACACUGCCGGCCAAGACGAAGGCGGCGAGGUCGGCAGUGCUGGCAAGGCUGCGGACGGGGCGAAUGGGCUGAAAAAGGAGAGAAAGCGGAAGGUGAGGGUGGGGAGACAGCUCGGCGUCGGGGAACUUGUCGAGCGCAACGAAAGCACGAAGGCUACACAAACCAACGGCGCACCAUGA